AUGGAAAGCCACAAGGAUCGGACCGAGUCUAUGCACCUGAUUCUCAGGGUCAUGCAGCUAUUCGGCCUCUGGCCCUGGUCGCUGAGAGAAGGAGAGCAAUGGACCAUCUCGGGUUUCGUGAAGCGCAACUACCGCUUCCUGCUGCAUCUGCCCAUAACCUUCACCUUCAUCGGACUCAUGUGGCUAGAGGCCUUCAUCUCCAGCAACCUGGAGCAGGCCGGUCAGGUGCUCUACAUGUCCAUCACGGAAAUGGCGCUGGUGGUGAAGAUCCUGAGCAUAUGGCACCACCGCUCUGAGGCUUGGCAGCUAAUGCAAGAGCUCAAACACGGCCCGGACUAUCAACUUCGCGGGAAGGAGGAGCUGGAUUUCUGGCGACGGGAGCAGCGCUAUUUCAAGUGGUUUUUCUACAUCUACAUACUGAUUAGCCUGGGAGUGGUCUACAGUGCUUGCGCGGGGGUACUGUUCCUCAAGGAGUACGAGCUGCCCUUCGCCUACUACGUGCCCUUCGAGUGGCGGAACGAAAAGGGUUAUUGGUUCGCCUAUGGUUACGACAUGGCGGGCAUGACCCUCACCUGUAUCUCCAACAUAACCCUGGACACACUGGGCUGCUACUUCCUGUUCCACAUAUCCCUAUUGUACCGCCUGCUGGGUCUACGAUUGAGAGCUCUUAAUAAUAUAAAGGAUGAGGCUUGUUUUGGACGCGAGUUGCGUUGCAUCUUUAGGCUGCAUCAGAGUAUGCGAAGGCUAACCGUGAUCUGCCAGAAAAUAGUGUCACCCUACAUUCUGUCACAGAUCAUUCUAAGUGCUCUGAUAAUCUGCUUUAGUGGAUAUCGUCUACAGCACGUGGGAAUCCGGGACAAUCCCGGCCAGUUCGUGGCCAUGCUGCAGUUCCUCAGCGUGAUGAUCCUACAGAUUUAUCUACCUUGCUAUUAUGGAAAUGAAAUAACCGUCCAUGCCCACCAGCUGACCAACGAGGUCUAUCACACCAACUGGCUGCAGUGUGGAGUACCGAUUCGCAAGCUGCUGAAUGCCUACAUGGAGCACCUAAAAAGGCCGGUAACCAUCCGAGCCGGAAACUUCUUUGCCGUUGGAUUGCCUAUUUUCGUCAAGACCAUCAACAAUGCCUACAGUUUCUUUGCCCUGCUACUCAAUGUCUCGAAGUGA